GAACGUAAAUCUUUAGAUCAUACAGAGUAAAAGUGUUAUGAAUACGUAUGUAUCAGUACAAAUUACAGUGAAGCUACAAGUACAUGUGUUAUUUGUUUGAGUACCUGCUAUUUGCAACUUCUAGCAAACCCAUUUGUUCAUCAUCAGCAGAUCAUAAACAGAAAUAUGGAUUUGAAGAUUAUAAAAAAAGAUUUAUUAAAAUGAUUUAAUAACUCUUCGAAGCUCACGGAUAUAAAUCUUUUAAUGAAUCACUCAUGAGUUACACAUCUCUACUGAAUUUACUUCAAUUGAAAAUUAGAAUGAAUCAAGUAAAAUUACACUCACCCAUUUGUUAAAUUACAUUUCAUAGAAGUUAAAAAGUUUCAAAAUUUUUGUGGUAUUGUCUUUACCUGUAAAUCUAGGACGUUUAAAAUUUCGCUGGUAUUGUAAAUAUACUUUACCAAGAUAAAAGUGCUUUUAGGUACGAAUAUCAUUUUUGAGUUAAAUUAAUAUUUUUAAAAGUUAUAAUGAAUAACGAGGAAAAUAAAGACUUGGCGCACCGGCAGCAUGUUAAGUAUUUCAUGCGAUUUUUAAAUAUUUUACCUUCGUCAUUAUCGUCUCACGAUACAACCAGAGUAACAAUAGCCUAUUUUUCUGUGUGUGGUUUGGAUGUGCUAGGUACCAUAUCGUCGCUUUCAGUAGAACUAAGAAAUCGAAUAGUAGAAUGGAUCUACAUGCUUCAAGUCCAUCCAAAUAAAGAAAAUGGCGAUAUGUCCAUGUGUGGUUUCCAAGGCUCCUCCACAAUCAACGUUGAGCUGGGCCCCGAGAACAGCCAUUACAAAUGCGGCCAUCUUGCCAUGACGUAUACGGGACUUUGUAUGCUGUUAACUUUGGGCGAUGAUUUAUCUAGAGUAAACAGGAAAGCUUUGGUACAAGGUGUGAAGGCACUGCAGACGAAGGAAGGCAAUUUCUCGGCAACGCUCUCCGGCUGCGAGUCGGACAUGCGGUUCGUGUACUGCGCCGCUUGCAUCAGCUACAUACUGAACGACUGGUCAGGGUUCAACAUUGAGAAAGCUACGGAUUAUAUCCUUAAAUCUAUGAGUUAUGACUACGGCAUAGCCCAAUGUCCAGAAUUGGAAUCUCACGGCGGCACGACAUUCUGCGCGCUCGCCACGCUGGCGCUCACCGACCAACUCGACAAGUUGACCCACGAACAAACUGAGGGGUUGAAGCGAUGGCUGCUCUUCCGACAAAUCGACGGCUUCCAAGGCCGUCCCAACAAACCUGUCGAUACAUGUUACAGCUUCUGGGUCGGAGCGUCACUGAAGAUUCUAGACGCUUUACAAAUGACCAACUACGCUAAUAACAGGAGGUAUGUCUACGAAACGCAGGAUCAAGUCGUCGGAGGGUUUUCUAAGUGGCCAGACACUUGUACAGAUCCUAUGCACACUUAUUUGGGCCUUGCAGGUCUUAGUUUAAUAGGAGAAAACGGUCUUUUAGAAGUAGUCCCCACUUUAAAUAUCACGAAAAGGGCGUACGAACAUUUGAAAAAUUUGCAGGAACAAUGGGCGAAUGAGUCAUAGCUUAGAGACACAUGUGUGAACCUUGCCUUAUAACGGACGCUGCUUAUUUUUUUUUUAAUUGUAAGUUGUUAUCGCUGGCCAUUGUUAGCCGGGUGAUUUUUUUUAACAAUACAGUGAUUGUUGUGCUGCCUUUAAAAUGAUGAAUAGUAUUAUGAGUUCUUCUCGUUUUUUUUUUUUCAAAAUUAUUUCUAAGCAAUUGUUGCGCUAUAAUUUAAUUUGUAUAAAUUAAGAACUUUAAAAUUAUGAGGGUGUAGAACUUUUUAUAAACCUAAUGUCAGAUAUAAAAAUUAGUAUCGACUUUCCAUAAAUAAAAUUAUCAAUAAUUUCUGCGGAAUAACAAUAGGUAUUGCUACUUAUUUGUUAUUUUGUAGAUUUUUUAAAGUACACCAGUGACAUUGAUUGUAUUGAAUGAAAAGGAUCGCACUAAAGAAAAAAGAUUAUAUCUAAACUUGAUUACCCCUUAAUGCACGAAUUUACUCUUUAAAUUUUAUACAGGUUCUAAAUUGUAUGCAUUGAAGGCCGAUAAUAUUUUUUAUAUAUGUAUCAAUAUAUUUUACUUUUAUGUUUGAAAAAUUAGACUACUUACCACCCUCAAAAUAUUGUGUACGCUUGUUGGACGUUUUUUUCUGAGAUCAUUGGUUUUAUUCGAAAAGGUAUUAUUCAAAGAUUGUUAGUACUUAACUGCGUUUAUGAAUGAUAGGUGCUAAUUUUAUAUAACAAGGUACUCAGUACCGGAGAACAACGAUUUAUUGUGAAGUAUUCGAUUGGAAGUAUCGCACAUCGAAUAAUAAGAAUAAAUCCACAUUAAUAUUGUAAAUGCGAAAGUCUGUUGACAUUAUUGCUGUUUCAUAUAAUAUACUUAAAUAUAUGAUUUUGCGCAACGCAAGUUUAUGUUCGUGAACUACAAUCUGAAUAUAUACUUUUUACAUUCUGUGAUUACAUGUACAGUCAACGACAGAAAAACAUGGGCUGUACAUAUGUAAGUCGAUAUGCCAUAUUUCCCGUCGAAACUUAAUAAAAUAGUACAAUAUAGGAUAUCUCGCAUUGUGCCAUAUAUUUUACAAUGGCGAUGAAGCAUUUGUAGUUAGGCAUUUAUCAAAUUUUUCGCACAAUUAUUAAUGUUAAGGCAUUUUUAUUGAUGUAUUUUAGAACCACUGUCUAUAAUUUUUGCAUCGCGAAAAUAUACGAUUGUAUAUAUUUAUUGAUAUACGAUAUGUAAAAAAAGCAAUAUUAAAUUUUUCUAAAAAUAUGUAAUGUGACUGUGUAAUUUUUUUUAUGGCUGAGUAAACAAACAAUUGAAAAAAUCGAACAAUCAAUUCACCUGAGAGUUGUAUGAAUGGGUCGAUAUUACAGCCUAAAAAUAAAUAUUCACCCAUUAAACGUAAUUAUGGGACAAUAUUUAUUUUUAGACAAAAAAAUUAUGAGCACAAUAAUAUACGGGAUUAAUAACACUUAUUGCUAAGCUUCCCUUCUCUUAACAGAUAAGGAAAGAUCUCGUACGCGUCACUGUAAAAUGAGUCUAACUGCACAAGCCAUCAAAAUCAAAUUCCAAAAUGUUUAAACAUUAUUAUGGGUCAUUGAAUUUUUACUUUAUUUAGUAUUAUAGUAUUUAUUAUUAUUAUGCCAAGUAUUUAUUGGAGUUGCAAACUUGAGACACUAAAUAAACAUAUAUGAAGAAAAUUUAUUAAAGAUACCACUCAGGGUCAUUCUCCUAUAAUACAAUUUUGCGGUGCUUUCAGAGUCAUGUAUGAGUUAUCAAAUUUCCGAAAUGUUUUCAAAUUGUCGAGUCAGUUGCCAUUGCAAACGAUAAACCUUUUAAAAAUAAUCUCCAAUUGGUAUAAAAUUAGACACAUAUCCACCUGUAUGUGUAUUUUUUAUUUCUUUAUUGUAUUGUUUGUACACGUUUAUUUGUAUAUUUAUUGUUUUCUCUUUUAUUG